AUGGUGAGACAAAUAAAAGGUGACUUCUCACAACUAAGUCAAAUAUUGACAUCUUACUCCGCCUCUAUCAAGCAACUUGAAACUCAAUUGGGCCAAAUCUUGGCACAACUUAAUACAAGACCAAAGGGUGGAUUACCUAGUGACACGGUUGUCAAUCCUAAAAAUGAUGCUCACAUCAUGGCUAUUGUCACUAGGAGUGGUCGGACUCUUGGUAAAGAUGUUGAUCUUGGUGAAGACCCCAAUAAAAAAGCAAAUGAAGAACAAGCCAGUGCAAAGAGAAAACGGCUAGAAGAAUCAAUUGAUAAUGACCCAAAGCCUAAUGAGUCAAGUGUUGAACGGCCAAUGGUAGUUGAAGAAAAUGUUGAAAGUGAGAAAACUCCGAAGGUGAUUGAUGAUGAUAUUCCAAAAGUGGAUAAAACUCCAAUUGUUCCAUUGCCACAAAUCAAAAUUCCUCCCCUAUUCCCACAAAGACUCAAGAAGAAGGAUGAUGAUACCAAGUUCAAGAAGUUUCUUGCAAAGUUUAGGAGUUUAUCGAUGAAUAUUCCUUUGCUAAAAGCCUUACAAGAAAUGCCCGGGUAUGCUAAAUUUAUGAAGGACUUGGCUACAAAGAAACGAGUCAUGGAUUUUGAAACAAUUGAGGUAACCCACAAUUGUAGUGCUAUAAUGUUUAGCACAAUGGUGGUGAAGAAAGAAGACCUGGGCGCAUUCACUAUUCCUUGCACUAUCGGGGUCUACAAAUUCGGAAAAACAUUGUGUGAUCUUGGGGCAAGUAUUAAUUUGAUGCCACUUGCCAUGUUUCGAAAGUUAGCCUUAGGUGCUCCUAAGCCUACCACUAUGAGGCUUUUAAUGUCCGAUCGUUCAAUCAAAAAGAUCGUUAGUGUGUUGUAUGAUGUUUUGGUGAAAGUUGAUUGGUUUAUCUUUUCGGCCGACUUCGUGAUUCUCGAUUGUGAGGUUAAUCAUGAGGUCCCAAUCAUUUUUGGUAGACCAUUCUUGGCUACCGGAAGGGCCUUGGUGGAUGUGGAAUGUGGGGAGAUGAAAUUUCUGGUGAACAAUGAGGAAGUAUCCUUCAAUGUGUGUAAGUCCAUGAAGCAACCUAUGGACUUGCAAGUUAUUUCGGUGAUUGAUGUGGUUGAUGAUGAGGUAGCUAACACCAUCAAAUUGGAUCUUGUGAAUGACCCCUUAGUGGGUGUAUUGUGGAACUUUGGAAGUGAGAUGGUUGAAGAAUAUGAUGAGGUGGUAGCUUCAUUGGCGGGUUUUGGAUCUUCACCAAGAACCCGGUCAAAUUGGAGCUUGAUUUGA